AUGAACGAUUUCAGCAAACGUGUCAAUAGUAUUAUUGUUAAAAAUUUACCCAAAGAUUUUAAUACAAAUCAGUUGGAUAAUCUAUUUUCACAAUUUGGACAAAUCAUUUCAAGUAAAGUUUUACCAUUUACUCCAAAUUAUGAAGGUGGUUGUGGGUUUGUUAAUUUUGCUGAUGCCGAAAGUUGUAAUCAAGCUGUUGAAAAGAUGAAUGAGUUUGUUGUUGAUGGAUUUACUUUACGUGUUAGUCAUUCAGCGUCACGAAAUGGAAAUAAUAACUCGGAUCGACCACAAAAUGGGUUUCGUAGUUUUGGUCAAUCAUUUAAUCGUACGACGUCAGCAACAGCUGUUAAUCCAGAAGAGACUAAUGGUACAUUAUCACCUGGUGUUAAUGCUCGAUUUUCUGGUUUUCGAUCACCAAGUGCAACUCAAUUUAAACCAAUGACAGCUGAUAGUACACAUUCAAGUACAAAUGAACUAAAUGGAACACCACAGUCCAAUAAACCAUUAUGGAAUAGUAAUUCUGGACAACAAACACCUUUAAUAUCAAAUAAUAAAAGUCCAUUUCAAAAUGGAACAUCAAAUGUUACUCAACAAAUAAAUAUUCAAGAACAUGAACCAUUAGUUAUCAAUAAAAUUUAUAAUGUUUAUUUAUCAAAUCUUGAAGUACCUAAUAUAAUAUUUGCAGCAACAUUAGAUGAUUAUGUCAAUGCGACAUUACUUAUUACACAAAUGAAUAAACAUGAACAACUUUCAAAAGUUCAAGCAAAUUCUUAUAAAUCGAAAUUAACUGUUGGACAAGCUUGUGCUGCACUUUUCAAUGGUGAUUGGUAUCGAGCUCGUGUUUUAGAAACGGGUGAAAAUCGUGUACGUGUUCAAUAUAUUGAUUGGGGUAAUAGUGGAUGGUGUGAUUCAAUUCUUGAAAUUCGUCCAUUACCAAAUGAAUAUUACAAAGAUCCAGCAUUAUGUGUGAAAUGUAUAUUAGAUGGUAUACCAUCUAAUGAAAAACUUUCCCAAGAACAAACAAAUAAUAUUCUCGGCAUACUUGUUCUUGAUCUUAAACUUGAAAUGACUGUAGUACGUAUUGAAAAUGGUUUUCCAGUUGUACGAUUAAAUUUAGAUGAACGAAAUUUAAAUAAUGAAAUACUUUCAAUAUUUUCAUCAUCAACAAAUGUAAUAAAACAAAAUCCAAUAGUUAAUUUUGAUUCAAAUAAACCUGAUAUAAAUCUAUCGGAAAUGCAUCAUGUUCAAUUGACAACUGUUGAUGCUCAAUCAGAAUGUUUUCAUGUUUUACUUAUGCGUGAUUGUUUACCAACAAUAAUGAAUAUAUUAAAAGAUUGGAAUGCUAAUAAACAACCACUUACUGUUCAACCAAAAGCAGAUACACUUAUUUGUGCACAAUAUGAUGCAGAUAAUCUAUGGUAUCGAGCAUGGAUUGAAAGUGUAACGGAAAAUGGUUGUCGUGUCUAUUUUGUGGAUUUUGGUAAUGAAGAAAUUGUUUCAAGUGAUCGUAUUAGUGAAUGUCCAGAUAUUUUAAAAACUAUUCCAUGGCAAAGUGUACAAAUUAAAUUAGCUAAUAUUAAAUUAACAGAUGAUGAACGUGAUACACUUUUAAGAGAUUUUGAAAGUGAACGACUUGAAAUGAAAAUUAUGCAAAAGAAUCAAGAUAUUUAUCUUGUGGAUUUACUUCAAAAUGGAAAAUCACUCGCUGAUCAUGUAUUAGAAUUACGUAAGAAAGAACAACAACAAAUUACACCAAAACCUAUUGAGAUUCCAAAAGUACUUGCAGAACCAAUUCAACAAACAUUGCCUAAAACACCAGUGCCAAUAUCAAAAACUAAAACAGAAAGUUUUCCACAAACAGCUAAUGAAAUUUCACGUACUAUUUCACAAGCUGUUCAACCAAUUGUUGAUCUUCUACAACGACCUCCAACACUAAACAAUAAUCAGAUAUUUCAAUCGGGAAUAACAAAAACACCUAUUAUAACAGAUACUGCUAAAAAACCAUUAUUUAGUAGUUCGAAUACGACACCGAAACAACUAUUAACUUCUGAAAAAGACAAUGAUACUAGUGUGAACGAUAAUUUAACCAUUUUGAUUACUGAACAACGUCGACAAAAUCGUUUACUUGAACAAGUGAUUGCAGCAAUUAAUACAACUAAUUCUCUUCUUACCCAACUAGUUCAACGUUAG